AUGGAUGCUCUUCCCAAAGAUCUCUUUACUGUGGUUAUCAAUCCAAAGACGGCCAUGAAUAUUCCUCUUGGAUCCAUCAUCAACCCACUUUGGACUUUCCAGCUUCGUCCCUCGAUCUUAAAACUUUCAGCAAGUAGUGUGUACAUCAUUGACUCAGAACUCCAUUUUACACGGUCAUGCAGUAAUAUAGAAAUUGCUCAGUCAUCCAGACUUGUUAAAAUGUUUCUGAAAGUGAUUCAGGAUGGUCACCUCCAAUUAGCCCCUUUCUUCUUACGUACGUGUAUAGCACAAUCCUUAGCUCACUUGGCCUCUCCUGCCUAUAUACCAAAGUCUCUGCCUAACCUAAGGCUGCCCAGUUCACUCUCUCUGAUAUAA